GAGAAAGAUAUUAUAAAAAGUACACCAAAGGUAACCAUGUCAAUGGCAUCAAAAGACUUGCAUCCUUCUUACUGCCAUGACAUUUAAUGAAACCUUGGUUAUUGUGUAAUACAUGCAUUCUAUUGGCUGGUUUGUAGACAGCCAUUUUGACUUUUCUUUCUGCAAUAUUCUUCUAGAUUUUUUUAAACUGAUUUAUGUCAUUAGCCACAUCAACAGAAGCAAAAGAAACCACGACAACAAAUACAAAGAGAUUAUACAUUGGUAACUUGACUGAUGUAAUUGAUGAAUACACCAUCCUCAAGUUAUUCGAACCUUUUGGAAAAAUUACGUAUAUUGACAGUUUAGUUCAUCGGACGGGACCUAAAAAAGGACAGCCAAAAGGAUACUGUUUUCUAGAAUAUGAAAAGAAAGAGCAAGCGUUAAAAGCGAUCAAUGCUUUACAUGGUAAACGGAUAAAGAAUAAAUCGAUCGUGGUAUCAUUUGCACACACGGAUAAUGACCAUAGCAGACGAAAGCUUCCGUCAACACCGUUGCUAAGCAACAGACAGAAACUGUUGCAUCAAAAAAAUAUGGAUGCAAAAAUCAGGGCAAUAGAACAAAAACUACAAUCAUUAAAAAAAAGGAACCAGGCCGAUGAAGACAAUACGUCAAAAUCACGAAAUAGUGAUCAUCAAAGUAAUCGAUAUAAGCCCUAUUAGUACACAUGAACGAGUCCAAUGAAGACGAUAAACGUCACCUAUACCCCUCUCUCAUUUAAACUCUGCAUUUCUUUCUCCUUUUAUAGAAUAAAAAAGAAGUUUUCUGACCUGCUC